AUUUCCUUUCGGGGGCUCUCAGGGAACUGAGAAGCCGCCUCUCCGAGCCGGGUCUGAAUGUAGGACCGCGAUCCCUGUCCUCAAGCCGCACUCCACCAUUCAGGGUGCUGCUCCCAUGUGAUACCCGCACAGGUUCCGGGCAGAGCCCUGCUUCCUCUCUCCUAAAUCACACGCUGGACUUUGCAAAGGCGCGGUGGAAGUUUCCUGCUACACGCAUUGAGUCCGCCUCUCUCUCUCUCUCUCUGAUAGGGUCUGAUUAGCAAAGGAGGACUUGACCAGGGACCUGAGAGUCGCUGGAUUUUCUCCCGAGCUCCACCCGGGAAGAAUGCACUACAGAUAAAACCCAGCUAAACCCCGCGCGGCGAAUCCUAGCGGGAGCCGACGAAAGGAGGAAGCGACUGAGGCGAGACAAGCAGGAAGCAAGCUGGUGGGGUGGAAGGGAGGUGGGCAGCUCUGGGGGCUGGCAGGGUCUGUCGGUGUGUCAGCUCAACACCAGCAGGGAUGGACAGCGCCUCUGGAUUCAACCGGCACUGGGACACAGCGCUGCUGCUGUUGCAGGUGCCUAUACACCGGCUUGCCUCUCUCUGCUGCUAAAAGGGCGGCGCUCCCUAAUCUCUCGCUCCCCCUCCUCCCCUCUGAUUUAUUUAUUUUAUUGUUUUGGGUGGACGGAAAGUAACCCCCCUCCAUGCAACUGCAAACAGGGACGGUGGCGUCAUUCCGCUCCGGAGUUUGAGAUCUCACCAGCGACUUCAAUACGAUUUAUUUUUUUUUAAACACAAAUAAGAGUGUAACUUUGAUUUAAAUCAUGGGCACUGAGAUCGGGGGCCAGGUGAGAGAUUUUCUGUAUUAAGCCAAAUAACCGCGGAGAUGUUCCCGAGUGGUUUGGAAAUACUUUGGACAGAGCUCUGAGAGGAGAUCCGAAGAGUACAAGCUCUGCAACGUUUCUGCAACUGAGAGCAGAUCGCCUAACGCUAGCAUAUUGGCAAACAAAUAUCACUUGCUGUGCCAUAGCACAUGGAUUUCAGGACCUCCUGUGAAGAGACAAAGACAGGGAUUUGUUUGCUGCAGGAUGGUAAUCAGGAGCCUUUCAAAGUGCGACUGCACUUAGCCAAAGAUAUUUUGAUGAUCCAGGAGCAGGAUGUGAUCUGUGUGUCUGGUGAGCCUUUCUAUUCUGGUGAAAGAACGGUAACAAUUAGAAGACAAACUGUAGGAGGAUUUGGAUUAAGUAUAAAGGGUGGAGCAGAACAUAAUAUUCCAGUGGUCAUUUCCAAAAUUUCCAAAGAACAAAGAGCUGAACUCUCAGGUUUGCUCUUUAUAGGAGACGCAAUUCUACAGAUUAAUGGAAUUAAUGUAAGAAAAUGCAGGCAUGAAGAAGUGGUUCAGGUUCUUCGGAAUGCAGGAGAAGAAGUGACCCUAACAGUGUCCUUUCUGAAAAGAGCACCUGCUUUUCUCAAAUUGCCUCUGAAUGAAGAUUGUGCGUGUGUCCCUAGUGACCAAAGCAGUGGCACAUCAUCUCCCCUCUGUGACAGUGGUUUGCAUCUCAACUACCAUCCCAACAAUACGGAUACGCUAUCAUGUUCCUCAUGGCCAACAUCACCAGGGCUUAGGUGGGAGAAGAGAUGGUGUGAUCUCCGAUUAAUCCCGCUCCUUCAUUCCCGUUUUUCCCAGUACCUCCCAGGAUCAGAUUUGUGCAGGCAAAAUGCAUUCCAAGUAAUUGCUGUGGAUGGAGUUUGCAGUGGAAUAAUUCAGUCUCUCUCUGCUGAAGACUGUAUGGACUGGCUACAAGCAAUAGCAACUAACAUUUCCAACCUCACAAAGCACAAUAUAAAAAAAAUCAACAGGAAUUUUCCCGUAAACCAGCAGAUAGUCUAUAUGGGCUGGACAGAAGAACGGGAACAAGACUCCCUUCAGGACCGAAUGUACACACCAAAGUUUCUAGCUCUGAGGGGUUCCUCUCUUUACAAAUUUAUAGCACCUCCAGUCACCACGUGGGAUUGGACACGAGCUGAAAAAACGUUUUCAGUUUAUGAGAUCAUGUACAAAAUUCUCAAGGACAGUGAUCUGUUGGAUCGUCGGAAACACUGCUUCGGUGUCCAAUCUGAAUCUGGAGAGGACCUCUACUUUUCUGUGGAGUUAGAGUGUGACCUAACCCUGUGGGAAAAAGCCUUCCAAACAGCAACUUUUUUAGAAGUUGAACGAAUUCAGUGCAAGACAUAUGCCUGUGUUUUGGAGAGUCAUCUUAUGGGGCUUACCAUUGACUUUGGCAUGGGCUUUGUAUGUUUUGAUGCUGCCACAAAGGCUGUGCUUUGGAGGUACAAGUUUUCCCAGCUUAAAGGGUCUUCAGAUGAUGGCAAGAGCAAAAUCAAAUUUUUGUUCCAAAAUCCAGAUACUAAGCAGAUUGAAGCAAAAGAGUUGGAAUUUUCCAAUCUAUUUGCAGUCCUUCACUGCAUUCACUCAUUCUUCGCGGCCAAAGUGGCUUGUUUGGACCCAUUGUAUGUAGGCAGUCAAGCCGCCACAUCUGCUGUUGCCACAACUUCUGGUACUGGCAAAUUAAAGUACACUACUUGACAUCUUGCAUUUCACCACUGCCACUUACCAACAGUACAUAACAAUGUAUAAAUAUUCAUCAAAUUUAGACCUUUGGGGAACUGCGAACAUGGAAACCAAUCCAAGAGGCAAGCCAUGCUGCAGUUUCAGCAGAAAAAUGGUCACAUGGGAUCAUACAUUCAUCUCUGUUCUGCAACUCCAGUAAAUAAUCCUAGCUGAAACCCUGGAAUAGGAUGGAUAUGCUUUUAGUAUGAUCUAUUUGUACUUAUACAGUGCUUUAAACAACACUGGAAGCAAAAGGAAAAAAAUGACACAGUGAAGCACUUAAGUAUUUAAUAAAAUUUUCAGCUGUCUGUAAUAAUACACAACUAGAAUUGUCAUUUACUUGUUUUCAGAUGUUUUUAUAUGACAACAUACAAAGCUCUGAGUAUAACGUAGGGCAAUAUCAUAGUAGUAUAAAUGAUACAACAGCAAGCAAGAGGCAUAUCGUUUAUGACAACAAGGAGAUAAGCAUGAAAGGGCAUUUGUGUAUCUCCUCAAAGAAGAAAGCACUUUAAACACUCUUGUAAAUUCAUACUGUUUUCCUAUAUGGAAACAUGCUAUUGUUGUUUAUUUUGUUGUCAUUCUGUUCUAAUAGUAAUGAUAAAGUUAUAGCCAUAUUGGUCUAGCACAUAAAGACAAAUAUAGUGGAGAAACUUUUACAGACACAGGAGCCUCUUCAAGUCAAAAUAGGUGGGAUAUGAUUUGAUUUCAAUUAUAAAUUAAGUACAAGUUAGUGACAAGUUGCUUUGUUCAUUCUCCUGUUUUAAAGGGAAGGAGGUCAUGUAAUCGAACAGUAUUUGUACACAAAACCUGAGUUUUGAAUUUUGUUUCAGAUGUACAUCUAGCACGUUGUUUCAGUAUGUAAUGUUGAUUUCAUAUCACAAGCAAGGAGGCAAGAACUCAUUUCCACUCAGGCUCUUAAUAAAACAGGCACUAGCAGUAACACUAGAAAAAUGAUUCCACACCUUGAAUUCUUCUUACCAAUUAAAUGAUAUUAUUCCUUUUUAUUUAUGUACUUAUUUAGUUUAAGAUGGGAACAAAUUAAAUAAACUGCAAAGCUAGAAUAAGUGACAUAAUACACAAUAGCUUUCUGUAUUUAAAAUAUGAUGUAAUCCAGGACUACAUAUUGUACAUAUUAUUCUAAGAGCCUCAUUUCAUGAUGAAUGUAAAGCUCAAGGAGUAAAUUUGGAACAACUCUCCAUGCAUCCAAAGAUACAUUACUUGAAUACAAUUUUUGCAAAUGACUUUAAUUUUGAACUAGCAGAUAUAUCUCUGAACAUGGUCAAAUUUUGGGAAUAUUAUUGUGAUGUAGCUGAAACCUAGUAAAUUGCGGGUUUUUUUAAAACAUGACCACAUGACUCAAAAGAAUCAAAUAUUUAUACACCUACAGUAACACACAUGAAUUUUAUAAAAAAAUAGCCUGCUGUAGCAUGCGCGUAUUAUUUUAAAUACUAAUCAUUAUUCUGUUUCUUGUUAAAAAUAAAAAAAUUAAAUACUUUAGUAUGAAUAUAAAGUAACAAUUCUACAUUUAGGUCCCAGCCCUUCAAUUUAAAAUGUACGGGCAGACCCCUUGCACAUAUGCUGGGAUCCAUCCAUGUGUCAGAAAUUGCAGGAUCAGGGUCUAAAUCCUCCAUGCGUGCUACCAGCUACAAACGUACAUAUCACGGGAGGGUUAUGGACACGUUUUUUAUAGCUCUGCCUUAUGUGCCAGACAGGUUAAAUCUAUCAGUGUUCCAGAUAAUGUAUAAUUAUUUUAUAUUCAAACAUAAAUUUAGAGGAACUUUUUUUUUUCAGAAGGGGCACAAUUCAAAAUGAAUUUUUGGAACAUAUCUGAUUGCUUGCUUCUCUCUCUCUCUGCGUGAUUUUUAUCACCAGCACUUGGCUUUACCCACAUAAGAGGGAACCCACCUUUUUGAAAGUCUGCACAUGAGACUCACAGUAGCUGCCUGACUCCCAGGAACAUUAAGUGGAGUUACAGUGAUUGCCCCAUUCAAAAAAUUGCCAGCACAUUUUACAUAGUUAGCAUGGUUAUUUCUCAUACUAACUACUGUACUGUUGUAUCUCAGCUACUUGUGUAGUAACUGUUGGCAAACUGAUUUUUUAAUAAUUUAAUUUAUUAUUAAUAAUAAACUGUUGUAUGUGUAUAAAUACUCAAUACAUUGAAGGACAAAUUCUGUCCUCGUUGAAACCUAUGAACAAUUCUCAUGGACUUCAGUGGGGCCCAGGAUUUGGCCCUUAGAUAACAUGAACUCCAGAUGUUUUGAAUCUGGAACUGUCACCAUCUCAGGGGUUAAGCAUAGUAAUUGGGCCUCUUUUCCUGUCAAGAAAGCAGCAAGUGGGAAAAUUAUAAUGCAAAAAUGACAAUUUUAAAAACAGGAGACCAGUUUUAUUUUAAGAAUAGUUUUACUGCCUCUGUGUUCCCAAAUCUGUCCCCCUUUUUCAAAAUCAUUAUUAUGGCUCUCAGAUAUUGCAGUGGUGGUGUAAAUAAAUACCUAGAUAAAUAGAUUUUUGGUGGUACCAAAACUAAAAAUCAAUCAACAUAUAUUGGCCUAAAAUCUGUCCUCAGUUUACACCAGUACACAUUAUUCACAGGACUCCACUACUGGAACUGAGAGCAGAAUUUGGCCCAACACAAUUUACGAGGUUUUCUUUAAAUUCAUAUCAAAUUCUGAAUAUAGCACCAUAUAUGAAACAUAACUGAUAGCAUUCCAUGUGAAAGCACUAAGAUUUGAAAAGUUUCAUAUGGCAGAAUGUGAUUUGAAAUCAAACACAUUCUACAUAGUGCUGAAAAGGAUCACUGAAAUGUUUGAGGCAAAAUCCCCCCUUCCAAUCUACACUAGAGAUUUGUUACAUAAUCUGUAUAUAGAACUGCCAUUAUCACCAGUGGGAGUUUUGCACAUGUAACAAGCAUAGAAUAUUUAACAGAUGCUGCAGUGAAAAUUGGAAAGCAGGAUUUUUCCUUGGUUUGGAAGAUCUAAACUGACUUACGGGAUUCAUCAAGUAUUUUUGAUUUCAGAAAGCUGAAACAGAUGUCAUAACAUUAGCACUGGCUGCAUUUCUGUCUUGGUAUACAAAUACAGGAAUGACUUGCAUACUAAUAACAUUAAGUGAGUGGGGUAAUAUCCUUUAUUGGGAGAAGUUGGUCCAAUGAAAGAGAGAUUACCUCACCCACCUUGUCUCUCUAGUGUCCUGGGAUUGACAUGACCGCUCCACCAUUGCAUACUAGUGUCACAGAAAUAAAUCUGUUCCCAAUUUAUUCAGCAAUGGAUAUGCCUGCCAGGUUGUUCGUCCUAGAAAGGGGUAACUAGUAAUUGGAAAGUCAACAUUGGGACCAAGGGAGGCAAAUUUUAAAGUACAUAUUACACAGCCUAUAAAAGUCUUGAGAAAUGUGAAGUAUGUUAUAAAAAUGUUUAAGGGUCAUAUUUACUUCUCUUGGAUACAUUUAUGAGUCUCCCAUUUUAAUCACUAAUCACUUCAUGCACACGUGUCCAACAGCAAAAUGUAUGUAUAGUAGUAUUAACACAGGAAAUAUUACAGUCAAACCAUUGGAUGUAUUAAAAUGUUCAUAAUUCUGUGCAUUCAAGCAACUAUAAAAACUGUAUACAACUAAUGAAUCUAUCAUUUUCUGAGAAAAGGCUAUGUUACAAUUAAAUACCAACCUUUCUGUUACCAAAACAAACAAAAAACCAAACUCUUGGAAUAAUAUGUGAGUUGUACUAUCUGUGGCAUUAACCCUUGGAAUUAGUUUGAUCAAAAUAUUUCUUUCCACAAAAUGUACCUUGUCUACUGUUAUCUUAUAAGAUAUACAACUGUUAAUUGUAGGUUAAAAUACAGUACUUGAUUUGAAUCAUGAUGGAAAAUUUUAGAUUGAACUGAACUUCACAGAGUUAACCAUAACCUGGUAUGUUUCAUGGGUAUAGUAUAGAUGUAAGUCUGUUAUAAAAGUAUUGUAGAUUCUGAUGAUACACUGUUCUGGACUUCACCAGUGAAGAAAUUAUAUGUUUCACUUUCCUAAAUCUAUUUACAAAUAUAGGACCAGAUUUUUGAAAGAAGUUAGCACUCAGCAGAGAUCUUUUGAAAAUAGGGCCCCAACUAUGGGUGCUCAGUGCUUUGAUAACCCAGCCCCUAGCUUCCAAUUUGGACUACUCAAACCAGAAUUCUUAGGAAUAUGGUGAGCCUCAUUCUGUAAAAUAAUAAUAUACUGUAUCUUAUCAUGUAGAGUUAGACGCCAAAAAACUUUCUCACCAAAUUAGGGCCUGACUUACAAACGCUUAACUUGACUUCAAUAGGACUUCUCACAGUGCAUAAAGUUAAACAUGUGAGUAAGCCUUUGCAGGAUUGGGGUCUUAAUGCCUGAUUCUGCUCCCAAUGAAGUAAAUGUCAAAAUCCCUUUGGCUUCACUGUGAUCAGAACAAAAGUGUCAGCUCCCUUAACUAAGGGUAUAUCUGCCUUGCAAUCAGAUGGUAUAAUGGCAGCAUGAGUAGACAUACCCGAGCUGGCUUUGAUCUAGCUAGACCAAAGCUAGCUUGAAUAACAAUAGCAGUGAAGCCAAAGCACCAUGGGAGGCUGCAUGGCCUACCCCCACCCACCCAGAAUCCUGGGAAUGUACUCAAGCAGCUACCACCAUGCUGUCUUGCCUUCACUUCUAUGGUUACUCAUGCUACCUCCUGUGUAACUAGAGCAAAGCUGGCUCAGGUAUGUCUAUACAUGCUGCCUUCACACCACCUGAUUGCACUGUCAACAUACCCUGGCCGUCCACAGCAUAUUGUUAUGUUAAUUCCUUCAAUGCCUUAAGAUGUAUCUUGUGUCCAACAACAUGACAAACAGGCAUAAGAUCAUGUGAAUGUACAGUGGAUGCCAUUAUAAAGGCAGCAUCCAACACUUACCAUACAAUGGUAUCUAUGAUACCAUAACUUUUCCUGUGUUUAAAAUAUGAAAUAAUCCGGGCACCUUUGUGCUGACUCCAUGGAAUCAUUUGGAAAAUGCUGAUGUGUUAAUAGUGACCACUGUACAUUAUAUUGUACAUUUCACUGGCUUAGAGUUGCAGAGUGGUGGUGGAAUCCCAAUACAGCCAAUGCUUGAGCAUAAUAUGGGCCCCUUUCCCUUUACACAAGGUGAAAAACCUGAGGAGCAAUGAGUAAUACUGCUCUACCCAGCCAUUGCCCUGCUACAAACAUACCCCACCCAGAACCACUGCAUGCAUGCAGAGCUCCUGUGCAGCCUUCUAAGCUCCUAGCCCUGUCAUGCGGAAGAAUUAUGCUGCUUCAGCUACACAUAGAACUCACUGUACCUGUGGAGCGGGGGGACAGUAUUUGUCCUUAAUAAGGAGUAUGGUCCUGAUUCAGAAAAGCAUCCCUGUUCUGGGAGGGUGCUUAAGCAUGUGAUUAACUUUAAGAUUAAAGUAAUUAAAGCUAAGUAUGUGCAUAAGUGCUUUCCUGAGUAGGAAUUGUCUUAACCAUGCUAUUAAGUGCAUUCCUGAAUCAAGGCCUAUGAUGUCAACUAAAUCCUGUGUUCAAGUUUCCAUUAAAAAGUCACCAUUUUCUAGAAGUGGUACCUGAGAUGUAUCAGUUGUCCUCUGUUGAGAGCAUUGGAAAAUACUGUGCUAUCUGCAUUAUAGUGCUGUAAUUGGUGGCAAAUGCUAGCAACCCUCAACUCAUGUUAGCUAUCACCUUUUGCUCAAGGGAAUAAAAAUAUUUUCUAUUUGGAUUCUGUAUAUUAUUACAGAACUUCACUGAAUCAUAAUCUCGAUAAAAAUAGACUGGGUCAAUGUAUAAUCUAACCAUUCUCCUUCAGAUAAUAUAAUCAGUUGUCACUUCUGAGAAAUAUGUACGACUUCCAGCUUCAACACCUUCCAAAUAAAAAUCCCAGCCAGAUAUUCUAGAAAAACUUGCUUUAUGUAAUAUAUAGUAAGAAAAAAUAUAUCUAUUGGGCACAACUUACCAAAGCAAGCAUAAAGGCAUAAAAUAUUAUCUUUUAAAUACUUCACAUGCUAAGAAUAUAAAUUUAAAGUAAAAUAUGUAUAUUCAUUGAAGAAAUGACUAUUGCAAAAGGUGCACAGUCUAGAAAUACAAUCAAUAAAUUGAUUAUCGUUAGCGAUCUCACUUUCCCACACCUCCAAAAAUGCUAUUUUUGAAUUAUUCUUAUCCCUUAGCACAUUUGCAGUAUAUCUCAUAAGUUUUAAUUUGUUAUGGAAAGAAAUGACUGAACAAAUGUAACAGAAAUUGCUAUAUAUUUUCUAAAUAUUAAAGAUUUUAAAAUGAAGAUGAAACCAUUCAAAUUAUUUAUUUAAUUUUAAUUAUGUUUUUGUGGCUGUUUGUGGUUAUGUAUGUGUGACAAACAUAAGUCACAUAGUUGUUUAAGAUCAUUAAUGUACCACUAAUAAAAUUUUAUCUCUGUUUUGUUCGGGGUUUUUUGGUUUUCUUUUUGUAAAGGAACA